AUGGAGUGCUGCUUAUCGGAAGAGGCCAAGGAACAGAAACGUAUCAAUCAGGAAAUUGAAAAACAACUGCGCCGUGACAAGAAAGAUGCUCGCCGUGAACUUAAACUGCUCCUACUGGGUACUGGUGAAUCUGGGAAAUCCACUUUUAUCAAGCAAAUGCGAAUUAUUCACGGCAGCGGCUACUCUGACGAUGACAAACGCGGCUACAUUAAGUUGGUGUUCCAAAAUAUAUUCAUGGCAAUGCAGUCGAUGAUCAAAGCCAUGGAUCUGCUCAAAAUAGAAUAUGGAGGGGCGGAGAUUCGCGAAUAUGGUGAGCUGGUGAUGAGCAUUGACUACGAAGCUGUUACACGAUUGGAGGAUCCAUUUUUGAAAGCUCUCCAUGGUCUUUGGGAAGAUGCUGGCAUACAGGAGUGCUACGAUCGCCGAAGAGAAUAUCAAUUAACAGAUUCAGCUAAAUACUAUUUGAGCGACUUGGAGCGUAUUGAACAAGCUGAUUAUUUGCCUACUGAACAGGAUAUUCUGCGUGCUCGUGUGCCCACAACUGGAAUACUGGAAUAUCCAUUUGAUUUGGAUGGCAUCGUUUUCAGAAUGGUGGAUGUUGGAGGUCAGCGUUCGGAGAGAAGAAAGUGGAUUCAUUGCUUUGAGAAUGUGACCUCAAUCAUAUUUUUGGUGGCGCUUUCUGAAUAUGACCAGAUCUUGUUUGAAUCUGAUAAUGAGAAUCGCAUGGAAGAAUCGAAAGCUUUGUUUAGAACCAUAAUCACAUACCCGUGGUUCCAGAAUUCAUCUAUUAUUCUAUUUAUGAACAAGAAGGAUUUGUUCGAGGAGAAAAUUAUGUACUCGCAUAUGGGGGACUAUUUCACUGAGUAUGAUGGUCCAAAGCAGGAUCACGCAGCGGCCAAGCAGUUUGUGUUGAAAAAAUACUUGGCUUGCAAUCCGGAUCCAGAGCGUCAAUGUUAUUCGCAUUUCACAACAGCCACAGAUACCGAAAACAUCAAACUUGUGUUCUGCGCUGUCAAAGAUACAAUUAUGCAAAAUGCACUUAAGGAAUUCAAUUUGGGUUAA